AUCAGUAGCCCGCGAACAAUACGUAGGAGAGUUUUGAGCACCGCCGGCGCACCGUGAAGAGGCGGUCUAGAAUGCGCUUUUUGGACCUCCCCAGUCGAGGUCCUCGAAACGUCAAAGAUAUAUAAAGGCCAGCAACUUCUUUUGCCCACCCGUUUGUACGUUGAAGCAAAGUCGAUCAUAAGCUACUACCCGGCAAGCCUUAGCCAUGCCUAUUUACGCUACCCAGUCAUUGCGAACUUGCGCCGGAUGUGGCGAUGCUGCAGGCCAGAACCACAAGUGUUCGCAGCGACCUUUUCCGUCUCGGCCGGCGUCUGCUUACAGUGCGGGUUCAGCAGGCUCUCAUUGCACGGGAUGUGGCCAUGUAGUAGGCAAGCUUCACAAAUGUUCACGUCGACCUACGACUACCCAGUCUCAAUCUCCGGCAAACCCCUCGACUUCCAGCACGAGCUACAAUCUCACAUACAAAAAAUGCAACCAGUGCGGCGAGAGUUAUCCAGAAAACGAUUUACCGCAUCACAAGUUGAAAUGCGAGAAGAACAUGCAGACGGGCCCUUUCUGCGUCGAAUGUCACGCUGUUGCGGACAAAAAUCACAAAUGCGUUCAACCUACGUUCCCGAAAUCUCAGUCUCCGGCGAGCUCCUCGACUUCCGGCACGAGCUACAGUGACCUCUAUCGAAACUGCCUCCAUUGCGGCAAGAUGUACUCGAAAACGGGUUCAUCGAAGCACGAGUCAGUAUGCAAGAAGGCCAUGAAGACGGGCCCUAUCUGCGUCGAAUGUGGCCUCGUUGCCGACAACAACCAUAACUGUUCGGGCGGACCUUCGUUCGGCAAAUCUCAAUCUCCGGCGGGAUCCACGACUUCAAGCACGAGCUACACUCAGAAUGCCUCAGAGAUGAAGUACCACUGCCAGAAUCACGGGGAUGGCUGCGAUCAACGUCUCAAGAGCGAAGAAUUCGCGAACCAUCUCCGCGAUUGUCCAUAUAGGAGAGUACGGCACCGCCUCUGCAACACCAUGCUGCAGGCCAAGGACCUUGUCGAACACAAGAAAACGUGCCGGCCGCAGACCUCACAGAUUCCACACCCCUCUGGAAAGGUCAAAAAGAUUGCGCUGAUUAUCGGCAUUUCGGAUUCCAUAUACGGCCAUCUGCGCAACCCGGUCAACGAUGCGGUCAAAAUCACUGCCGUCCUGGAGAAGAUGAACUUCAAGUGCACAAUCCUUAAAGAUCGCACAAUCAAGGAGUACCAAAAAGAGCUGAAAGAAUACCUCGCAUCGAUCGACGGCUCGACCUUGUCGUUCGUUCAUUUCAGCGGCCAUGGUGGCCACAAAGGCACAUCCAAUUACCUCUGCAUGAAGGACGGAACGGUUGAUGCGUGCGAGCUAGGGAAACAAGUCAGCGAAAAGAAGCCGCUGGCAAGCGUGUUUACGUUGGACUGCUGCCGGACGCCGUCGCGGGGUAGCAGCAACAAUGUCAACAUCAUGACAAUGGAAUUUUCGGACACCAUCGUGGCCUUCGCCUGUGGGGCUGGCGACAAGGCGUCCGACGGGCGCAGAGGAAACGGAGCAUUCAGCGAACUCUUGAUAGAAAACUUAAGUCAGAUCUCGCCUCUCAACGAGAUUUUGGUGAAGAUGGCCAGGCAAUUCCGAGACAGGAACGAAUAUCGUCAACGUAUAACUAUCGUAGACAGUACAUCCGCCGAGAUCAGACUCCAUGUGAGCCAGGAUGAUCGUAGUCGCAGUUGCGAGAAGACCGUCGUAUUUCUUGAAGAAGGCGAACACAAGUCUUUUUGAUUGGUUCGUUGGAACUGGAGAUAUUUACUAUUAAUUGCCUUCCUCUUCCUUACUUUCAUGUAUACACCCCGACACCCUGAUUUCCAAUCGUGCUCCGUCAAUUGGAUAUAUGCUCUGUGCGGUUUCUAGCGCGACAUGAGAAAAUUUGAGAAUUUGUUCGGUUAAGAGCAAUUGCGUCCACGAAGUUGG